CUCUGAUAAGAUUGAAGGUUACGUUAGUGACAGUGAACCUUAACCUUGUUUAGAUUAUAAUUAGCUGCAAUAUUUGUAGAGCUUUGAUAGAAUAACUUCAAUUAAAAUUAAUUUUUCAGAAUUUUAAAAAUGUUUCCUGCUUCAAAAAUUGUUGUAAACUGUUCAAAAUUGGGCUUUACCAACAAGUUGUUUGCUCAAACUAUCUUAUCGUCCAGAUUCAGUUCAUGUGCCGCUCCGUCAUUUGAGUUCAUAUUGACCGAGAAGAAAGGCGAGAAGUGCAACGUGGGCCUGAUCACCCUCAACCGCCCGAAAGCGUUGAAUGCCCUGUGCGACAAACUCGUGUCGGAACUGAGUCAAGCAGUCGAACAUUUCGAUAACGAUGACUCCGUUGGAGCUCUCGUCAUCACAGGAAGUGAAAAGGCGUUUGCUGCAGGUGCUGACAUCAAAGAAAUGCAGAGCCAGACAUUCUCAAGUAACGUGAAGAAAGGUCUUUUGAAAGAUUUCGAAAAGAUAAGAGGAUGCAGGAAACCUAUCAUUGCCGCUGUCAAUGGUUUUGCUGUAAGUGCAUUAGUAAAUAUUUUCAAGUGUAUAGUGUGUAGAAAAACUUAAUUCAAUUUUUAAAAU